CGCCAGUUCGAUUCUGGCUGGAGGCAGGUUUUCAUUUUUCUUGGCGCUUUUGUUGCCAUCCUGCACUGCCACAGUCCUUGCGGAAAGAGAAGAUCCAAGUCUAAAUAUACGUCGUGCGCAAGACUCCGCUGUGUCACAUCUGUAUUCUCAUCAACCCGUUGGAAACUUUGUCUGACAAAAGCAUUAUCUUGGCGUUCUUUGCUACUCUACCAGUCCAUUAAAAGCUUUCAAGCGUAGCUCCUGUUGCCACCACCCACCGCCACUUUCCACGCGAAACUUCCUGCCUACUUAGCUUUCAGGCCCAAGCCAUGUCCGCCAACGAUCUAAAAGGGGAUCUUGCUUCUGUUUUACCUGAUAUUCAGGUAAGGGUGGGUAAAUAUCUUGCUUCCCUUGCAACGUCGACUCAGGCUGGGGGAACGCCGGGGUACCACUAUACCAUAUCACCCACUAGGGGUCACAAAAUACUCUACCCUGAGCCCAUCAACGAAGGCAUCGACCCGGCAUUUCUUCUUACGUUUAUUUUUGGUUCCAUCUUUGUCACAUGCCUCUUCAUUAUCAUCCUCACGCACUUGUGCCGCGAUCGCUUGGUGCAUUUAUCUGAGGAAGAAAUCAUCCGUGAGGAGGAAAACCAAGCGUACUUGGAACUAGACUCUGACGAGCAAGAGUUGUACUUCCAGAGCAAAGAGUAUAUCGAGAUGCACCCUCCGAAGAUGGAGUUAAUCUCUCCACAACAGCAGCUACUCAUCCAGGAAAAGGGUAUCCAGGCAUGGGACUUUGUAAAAAACGCGGCUCUUACAAAUAACGAGCUUAUUGUUAUCAACAAAACUGAACUCAACUUCUUCCAUAAGUCGGAAUGUUCCGUGCAGACAAACAUUCCGAUGCCGAACCGCAACGAGGUAUACUACUUUGAGAGCAAGCUCUUCUACUUGCCAAAUCCGGAAGAAACAGUCGUCUCUAUCGGAUUGGCCCACAGGCCGUAUCCGUUCUUUCGCCUCCCCGGAAGACACAGAACGUCCUUGUCAUACGAUUCGGACGGCCACAGACGCCACAACCAGCCUUUCCCAUUUAAGGAUGAAGCGGGCGCGGCCCUGUCAUUCCCAUGCCUUCAGCAGGGCGAUGUUGUCGGCGUAGGAUACAGACCGCGCACCGGGGUUGUGUUUUUCACCCGUAACGGUAAGAGAAUCAACGAAGCAUCUCUUGGGGGCCACAUCAAGCUUCCUACGUUUCCGUCGCAUGUGCUUUACCCCAUUGUUGGGGCUAACAAUUUGUGUUCUGUGCACGUGAAUAUUGGACAGAUGGGCUUUGUAUUCAUUGAGGCGAAUGUCAAGAAGUGGGGCUUUGCCCCAUUAGAAGGAACUGGUCCAGCUCCCCCACGAUACGAUAAGUUCAAUAAGGAUAUCAUUUUGGAGCGCUCAGACGUGGAUGAGAACGACUUGGAAUCCAGGGCCAAUGAUUUCCCCCCUGAUUUUUGGCAGCUGGGCGACUUUGAGUGUAACGGUGAAGAGGAGGACGACCUGAGAUGUGUACUCAAUGCAGAUCAGGCUAGUUUUCAAAGAGGGAACUUUGAGUUUGACGAAGAGGUGGAUGAAAAUAUCACGUUGAAAAGUUUGCCUCAGCAUCCUCCAAUCUACCAUAGUGGUAGCGAUGAGGAGCAGUCCGACGAAGGCGGUCCAGAAGGGGCUAGCUCUGAGGGGCUAGAGAGUUCUGGAGCGGCUAUAACAGAGGAUCUGAAUAUCACCGAUCCAGAUAUUACGAUUGCUACUUAUAGGACUGCUAACAAUGACGAUAUCUAAUCGUUUGUUCCUCUCUGGGUUUGGUUUUGGGUUUGGUUUAUUUUUUUUAGCAUGAUAGUAUGUGUAUUUAUGGCUUCUUAGUUACCUUGAACAAAUGCGC